AUGGACGCGCGCCUCCCGGCGGACCUGCUUCGCGCCGUGCUGCAGAGGUUGCCGCCGAUCGACCUCGCGCGGUCCGCCUGCGUCUGCCGCGCGUGGCGCGCUGUUGCCUCCGACCGCGCCGUGGCCGAGGCCGCCUUCUGUGCGCCCUGGGGCGUGCGGCGCGUCGUCGGCGAGCCGGCGACGGGGGCCUUCUGGCGGGCCGCCUCCCUCGGGAGAUUCGCGCUGUCGCAUGCCGUCCGCCGCGGAUUAAUUCGGACUGAACCUUAG